GUAUAGAAUGGCGGUAUCUGGCGGCUGCAGAAAGGAGUUUGUAAUUCUUCCCACAAUGCAACGCGCGCUCCGCGGGAAACCAAAAUGGCGAAGGACUGUUAUGGAACCGGGCUGCUGCUGUGCCGCUGGUAACCGCAGACCCGACGGUCAGGAACGUGUUCUCCCGCGAGCUGGAGGGUAAUCACCCGGUGGCAAAUACGUUGUAGGGCUCUCUAGUGUUUUAGCGGUAGUGAACGCGCCGCACUACUGAAGAGACCGAAUGAGAAACGCUACUGUGGUGGGCAAGUCAUUGGUCCUUAAACGAUCCACAUUCCGUCGACAUCCAAAGGCUGUUGAGUCCUUGACCAAGCUGUGUGUACGGCAUGGAACGACACCUAAGAGGCAAAUAUGUAAAUUUGAAGAAGGUCAAGAUGUCCUAGCAAGAUGGUCAGAUGGAUUGUUUUAUCUUGGAACUAUCAAAAAGAUAAAUAAGUUGAAACAGAGCUGCUUUAUCUUAUUUGAAGAUAGCUCAAAAUCGUGGGUACUCUGGAAAGACAUACAGACAGGAGCCAUUGAAAGUGGGGAAAUGGUUUGUUCAAUAUGCCAAGAAGAAUACUCUGAUGAACCAAAUGAAAUAGUUAUAUGUGACAAAUGUGGGCAAGGUUAUCACCAGUUGUGCCACACUCCUAAAAUUGACCCCAACGUGAUAGAAACUGAUGAAAAAUGGCUUUGUCGGCAAUGUGUUUUUGCUACUACGACAAAGAGAGGAGGUGCAUUGAAAAAAGGACCCAAUGCAAAAGCCUUGCAAGUCAUGAAGCAAAGUCUGCCAUACAACUUGGAAGACUUGGAAUGGGAUAUAGGCCAUAAAACCAAUGUACAGCAAUGUUACUGCUACUGUGGAGGUCCAGGAGACUGGUAUUUAAAGAUGCUUCAGUGCUGCAAAUGUAAACAAUGGUUCCACGAGGCCUGCGUGCAAUGUUUGGAAAAACCUAUGCUCUUUGGUGACAGAUUUUAUACGUUUAUUUGUUCAGUCUGCAAUUCUGGACCAGAAUACCUCAAACGUCUAUCUCUGAGGUGGGUAGACAUAGCACACCUAUGCUUAUACAAUCUAAGUGUUAUUCACAAGAAGAAGUACUUUGAUUCAGAACUUGAACUCAUCACAUACAUAAAUGAUAACUGGGAUCGAAUACAACCUGGCGAGUUGGCUGACACACCAAGAUCAGAAAGAUAUGAACAUAUUUUGGAUGCAUUAAAUGAAAAUAAAACCAUGUUUAUGUCUGGAAAAGAAAUUAAGAAAAAGAAACAUUUGUUUGGCUUGAGAAUUAGAGUUCCUCCAGUGCCUCCAAAUGCAGCAGUUAAAAUGGAAAAAGAAGAAAGUACAUCUCAUGAGUUCAAGAUUAAGGGCAGAAAGUCUUCAAAGGUUACACCUGUCACAAAAGAGAUUAACAAUGGAGAGGUGAAAAAGAGGAAACCCGUUGGAAGACCACCAGGUUCUCACAGGAGAAAAAUUUUGCAAAAUGAGCCAUGUGAAACUCCAGCUCUGCCAAAUAACACAGAUACCGACCCUGUAUCAGAAAAUUCAUUGUUAGAGACACCAGAUCAAAGAAGCAGGAAAACUGAGGUGACCAAUUCAUCAUCCAGUAACUCAGAUUUAGAAACCAGUGGUGCUGCCGGUGCAAAAGAAACUACCUCAUCUAUUGUUUCCAGUCCUCAGCCUGACUUCAGGAGGGUGACCCGCACAGGCCGGGCCUGGUCUGCUACGAUACCACCACAGAAAAAGAGAGGGCGCCUUCCACGAAGAGCUCUGCAGGCUCACAAUUCAGACCUUACAAAGAAUGAUGAAGACAAAGAAGAUCUGCAGCCUGCUGGACUCAAUACAGAUAUUGUUAAAAACUUGACUGAGCAGGACUUACAGUUGAAUCAUUUGAAGAAUUCCAUUACUAAUUAUUUUGGUGCUGCGGGCAGAAUAGCAUGUGGUGAAAAGUAUCGCAUUUUGGCACGCCGAGUAACGCUUGAUGGAAAGGUGCAGUAUCUUGUGGAGUGGGAUGGGGCUACUGCCUCCUGAUUUUAUUUCUCCCAUCUAUGCGCUUUGAAGAGGAAAUCUAGCUUACUGUACUGUAAGACCUUUUAUUUAAAUAGGUGACUGCAAUGCCUGUGGUGCAAAAGGUCUAAACAUGCCCACUGCUGACCCUGUGAUAGAGAAAGCCUGCUGGGGUGGUAAAUUUACUGCGUUUGUUUCACGAUUUGUGCCACUGUUUACCAGAGGGAACGCUUCUUUUAACCAAAUAUCUGCAACGGUGCACAUUUCCGAGAAUCUGGUUUACAGUAUUUCUAAUCAACAAUGUUUAGGUAUUGUGUAUGUAAUGUGGAUUUCAUGUUUAGCAAGUAUUUCCCUCUUCUCCCAAAGAGGCUUGCAUCUUAUACAUGUGCAAGUUUGUUGGGCAGACAAAGGGUUCUGUUUUUAAGUGUUGAAAAGUCAAAGUGCUACCUAAUCUGCAACCCACACCCACCCCACCAGUACUUAUGCUGAAUUGCCAUUUCUAUAAGAAAAACUUUAAAAUGGCGUACAGCAGGCUAGCUCCAGGGAUAACUCACAAGUAAAAAAGCGAAUCCGUGCCUAUGGCAACAGAGAAAACCGACAACCAAACGGAAAUAUGGUGUAGUAAAUUCAGGUUUCUCAAAUAUAACCAUGUGUUGGAAAAGAGAAAACUUUCUCGUGUCAGUUUCCCUUUAAAGAGCCUUACUCCUCCAAACCGUGCAUAAAAGCUUAUUCCAAACACCUCCACCAACUUUGUAUAUAUAGAUAGUAGUUUUACUUAUUGCUUGUAGUAUCCAAUGGUGUUCAUCCCUUCUCUGCACAGCUCUGCACAAAUAAAAUUCUUUAAAACAUUACACUCACAUUUGUUUCCAUGAGGAUAGUCACAAUCGGGCCCAAAUUUGAGUCGAAGCCACAAAGGCAUGGGCCUAGGGCGGCAAGUUGGUAGAGGUGGCGUGCUGCCCAGCCGCUUGCUGAGGAGCACUGGGGAUGCACAGGUCCCCAGUGCUCCGGUGCUCCCACUCUUGCUAGAGCGGUGCGGCCUGGCGCUAGGACCGUGCGGCCUUGGGAUGCCCACUUGAAAUCCGGCCCUGAUCACCAUAUGUACAUUUUUAGCAGGUCGCCUCCUCCUGAUGCUUUUUGUGAAACGCGUCAGGCAGAGGUGACGUCACGGUGAGCUGCAUGGGAGAAACAUGAGGGAGAGAUGCCGGAAACACGAUUCUCUCUGGAGAGAAUUGGGAAACCUGCUAAAAACUUACAUAUGGUGACUAUCCUCAUAAAAACAAAUGUGAGUGUAAUUUUUAAAAGAAUUUUUAUAUGUUUAAAUAAAAUAGUAUUGCGCUAUGGGAUUUUUGUAUUCCUAUGCUGGAGCAUAAAGGAGCUGUGCAGAGAAGAGGAGAACACCAUUGGAUACUACAUGCAAUAUAUAACUACUAUCUUGUAAGCGGGCACUUUGGCCAAAGUUGAUGGCUUUUGGAAUAAGUUUAUAUGCACAGUUUGGAGGAGUAACGGACUCUUUAACGGGAAGCCAACAAGAGAGAGUUUUCUUUUUUCCAACACAAUGCUAUUUGAGAAACCUGAACGUACCACACCAUAUUUCCGUUUCCUCUGUUGCCAUAGGCGCUGAUCUGCUUUUUUACUUGAGAUUUUUCUUGUACUGCUAAAAGGGACUGGAAAGGAUCGGCAGGAGUGAACAAAUCUAAAGGACUAAUUUUUUCUUAUCCCCUUUUAUUAUAUUUAUUUUUUAUUGUUUUAUUACUAGCUCCAGGGAUAAACACUGAAUGAUCCCAAAUACCAAACCAAA